AUAUAAAGCGACGGAGCAGACUCUUUUCCUUUCUCCCUCCUCUCCUGAGAAGAAGAAGUAAAGAAGUAAGAUCAAUUCUCAGCCGUAGUUAGUUAUUCUCCGAUUAGGUUUCCGAUUCUCUGUUUCUCCUAGAGUGAAUUUCAAAACCCUAAUUUUGAUCUUUCAUAUGGGAGAACAAUCCCCUUCUCAACCAUCGACUCAAUCCCAAAGUCGACCACAAUCACCCAAACCCGAUACGCAUAACCUAAUUCCGCCGGAAUCCACCGAUGCAUGCAUCGAUUCAGCCGGAGUUUCGGGCUCAAUCGUCUCAUCGACCACAAUCGACGCUGGACGGAUCACUGAACUAGGCAAUGUAUCGUCUCCGCCGUCCAAAAUCCCUCUCCGCCCUCGGAAAAUCCGGAAACUUACACUCGACGGAGACGUCUCCGGUGAAGACUAUAAGGCGGAGGAUAUCUCCUCUCAAGUAACCUCACCGCUCGCGACUGGAAAAUCUCCCGGUAAAGGUAAAUUAUCGCAGUCACGAGUUAUAACUGUGCCGAGGAUCCAAGCUCGGCCUCUGACAUGUGAAGGCGAGCUUGAAACAGCGAUUCACUAUCUCCGUAAUGCGGAUCCUUUGCUCGCCGCGUUAAUCGACGUUCAUCCACCGCCGACGUUUGAGUCGUUCAAGACUCCGUUUUUAGCGCUGAUACGAAGCAUUCUCUACCAACAGCUUGCUACUAAAGCUGGGAAUUCAAUCUAUACACGAUUUGUUGCUCUCUGUGGCGGCGAAAAUGUGGUUGUCCCUGAGACUGUCUUAGCAUUAAAUCCUCAGCAGCUUCGUCAAAUCGGCGUCUCAGGACGUAAGGCGAGUUAUCUUCAUGAUCUAGCUAGAAAGUAUCAAAACGGAAUCUUGUCGGAUUCGGCGAUUUUGAACAUGGAUGAGAAGUCUUUGUUCACUAUGUUAACAAUGGUUAAUGGAAUUGGGUCAUGGUCUGUUCAUAUGUUCAUGAUAAAUUCUCUUCAUAGACCAGAUGUUUUGCCGGUUAACGAUCUCGGUGUUAGGAAAGGAGUGCAGAUGCUGUAUGGCUUAGAUGACCUGCCUCGGCCAUCGCAGAUGGAGCAGCAUUGUGCCAAGUGGAGACCAUACAGAUCAGUGGGUUCGUGGUACAUGUGGCGGCUCAUUGAAGGUAAGGGCACACCAACGAGUGCUGUUACACCUGGAGCUGCUAUGUCAUUGCCUCCAUUGGAAGAUAUUCAACAAGAACAUCAGCAGCAACAGCUUAUGGACCCUCUUAAUAGUGUGUUCAGUAUCGGGGCUUGGGGACAAUCGUAGCUGUUCUUCCGCGUUGUUCCUGGAUGGCUUAGGUGAGUUAUUUUGGUCUAGUAAAACAAAAGUGUGGGAGAAAGAAUAAAAAGGAAGUGUUUUUAGACAGGGUUCCUUGAGACACAAGCUGAAGUAACAGUGAAUAUGAUCUUCUUAGUUGAGUGAAAGAGUCUGUAAUGUUAAGAGUGAGUAGCUAGCUAAUGGCAAAGUGUCUUUUAAUUUUUGUCGGAGGCCUAACUCUUGAUGGAGAACUUCUCUUUAUCUCUGAAACACAUCCACAUUUCUGUAUCGCA